CAGCAGCUCGGGAGGCAGCCACCAUGGCCUCCACAGUGAACAACGGAGCGGCCACCAUGCCAUCCCCGCCCGACGCAGCAAACGGCUUCCCGCAGCCGGGCGCCUCUUCGGGGGCCUGGCCGCGGGCGGAGGAGGAGCUGCGCACUGCAGAGCCGGGCCUGGUGAAGCGCGCGCACCGUGAGAUCCUGGACCACGAGCGCAAGCGGCGUGUGGAGCUCAAGUGCAUGGAGCUGCAGGAGAUGAUGGAGGAGCAGGGGUACUCGGAGGAGGAGACCCGGCAGAAGGUCAGGACCUUCCGGCAGAUGCUGAUGGAGAAGGAGGGAAUGCUCGCCAGGGAGGACCGGCCGGGGGGCCACGUCGUGGCGGAGACCCCGCGGCUGAUGGAGGGCGCCGACCCCGGCCUGGAGUACGCGCCCUUCGACGAGGACGACGGCCCGGUGGACUGCGACUGCCCGGCCGCCUGCUACCGUGGGCACCGGGGGUACAGGGCCAAGCACUGGUCCAGCAGUUCGGCGUCGCCCCCUCCCAAGAAGAAGAAGAAGAAGAAAGGCGGCCACCGGAGAAGCCGCAAAAAGAGGAGACUAGAUUCCGAGUGCAGCUGUGGGAGCUCCUCACCCCUGCGCAAGAAGAAGAAGAGUGUGAAGAAACACCGCCGAGACAGGUCUGAUUCUGGGUCCCGGAGGAAGAGGCGGCACAGAUCUCGAAGCCCCAAGAGCAAAAGAAAGGAAAAGAACAAAGAAAGGAAGAGGCUACACGCAGAGUCCCCAGGCCGGAGGGCCCAUCGCCACAGCAGCGGCAGCUCCCACAGCCCCUCACUGUCCUCCCAUUACAGUGAUUCCAGAUCACCCAGCAGGCUGAGUCCCAAGCACCGAGAUGACGGGCGGAAGACGGGCAGCCAGCGGUCCAGCGGGAGCCGGUCGCCUACCCCGUCCGGCGGCAGCGGAUGGGGGUCGCCCCAGCAGAACGGCGGCAGCAGACAGCGGAGCGGAGCGCACGGGGGCCGCCCGGGCUCGGCGCACAGCCCGCUCGAUAAGCCCAGCUCGCCCUCGCCCAGGGCCCGCGACCAGGCGGAAGCCGGCGCAGCCACGCCGCCCGCGCGGGGGAAGGAGAGCCCGAGCCCGCGCUCGGCGCCGUCGUCGCAGGGCAGAGGAGGCCGCGCGGCGGGCGGGGCGGCCAGGCGCCGGCGGCGGCGGCGGCGGCGGCGGCGGAGACGCUCGCGAUCCUCGGCGUCCGCGCCUCGCCGUAGGGGCCGCCGGCGCGCCCGGCCCGCGCCGCCCCGGGGCUCGUCGCGCUCGCUCAGCAGGGCCCGCUCCAGCAGCGACUCGGGCGGCGGCCCCCCAGGCCCCGGGCCCGAGCCCGGCUCCGAGCGAGGCCACGGCGGGCACGGUAAACGGGCCAAGGAGCGGCCCCCGCGCGCCCGGGCAGCCAGCACCUCCCCGUCCCCGGGCGCGCACGGCAGGCACGGCGGCCCGGAGGGGAAGAGCUCGUCGCGCAGCCCCGGCCCGCACCCGCGCUCCUGGAGCUCCAGCCGCUCGCCCUCCAAAUCCCGCUCGCGCUCGGCCGAGAAGAGGGCUCGCAGCCCCAGCCGCUCGCCGUCGCCCAAGAAAGCCCUAGGCCGGGACAAGGACGGCGAGGGCCGCGCGAGGCACGCCGAGGCCGAGGCCGCCCGCGCCCGCCGCCGCUCCCGCAGCUACUCGCCCAUCCGCAAGCGGCGCCGGGACUCGCCCAGCUUCAUGGAGCCGCGGCGCAUCACCAGGUCCAGCCUGCUGAGUGGCCUGUGGCCAGCCUGGGGGCCAGGUGGACCCCUCUCCACAGGCUGCAGGGGAGAUGCCCAUUGCCCGAAAGCGUCCCAUCCCCUACUACCGGCCCAGCCCCUCGUCCUCCUCCAGCUGCCUGAGCAGCGACUACUCAAGCCGGAGCCCCAGCCGCAGCCCCAGCCCCAGCCACAGCCACGGAAGCUACAGCAGCCGCAGUCGGACCCGCAGCCGCUCGCGCAGCCCCUCCCGGACCCCCAGUCCCAGCUACCACAGCCGGAGCAGCUCAGAGAGCGGGGGCUUCUGAGCCCAGCAGACCCAGCUUCGUGCCCCCUGGCACAGGGAGAGGCGAGGGGUCAGGCCCCAGGACCCAUGGGGGGGGCCUGCACCCCACUGCUACAAAGAGGUCCCAUGUCCAGGAAAGGAGGAGCUGGAGUCUGCUGCUUCUAGAGGGUCCCCACCCCCUCCUCCUGCCUGCCCACCGCGUCCAGGGAACAAAGAGCCGUCUGAACACAGGGACCACCCUGCGCCCCUUCCUGCUUGAUGCCACCUCACCAGGCUGGUGACCUCAGCUCAGCCUCCCUGCCCCUCCAUAGGACCCUCAGAUCCUCUACAUCACUGGGCAGACAUGGAGGUGGGACCGCAAGCAGGAGCUAAGUUAGAAGGAAGAAUGGCCUCGGCACAUCGCCAGCCAGGCUGGGGAACCACCUUCUGAGCUGGCCGCGGGAGGACGCCGGCUGAGGGGUGGAGGCCGGCCGCCGCGGCCUCCCCAGACCCCUCUCUGGGCCCAGGAGUGCCCGGGACCAGGGGGGCCUCUAAGCCCCAGCCUGAGGGGCCGGGGGACUCACCCUUGGUCCCGCCUCUCCAGGCCAGGCUCUCCUCUCCAGCCCUCACCCCAGGCCCUGCCUUGGGCCGAGGCCACUCCAGCCAGCCUCCUGCAUGACCAGAGGCGGGACCACCACAGCUGCAUCUGACCCCAAGAUCAAAAGGAGUUCGGGUCAGAAGGUGGAAGAGAGAAGGGGUAGAUGGAGGAGGAGCCUGUAAACAGCGCCAAUGACUAAGCAAACCCUGGAGUCCCCUCCGGGGCGGCCCAGCGGCUGCGAGGUGGGCAGAUGACCACAGAAUAGGAUGCCUCGCGCUUUGGGGCCUGCCCGGCAGCACUUCCUCCUCCCUCCCCCAGAGGGGUGCUACAGCCCUUCCCAGAAAGGGCAGAUUCUAGACCGAGGGCCUUGGCCUGGGGCGCAGAUGGGGAAGCAGUGGCCCCAGCCCUCUUCUGCUGCUCCCAGCCCCCUCCUCCUGGGGCCCUCAGGGAUCUCACGAAGUCUUCCUUGGCCCAACAGGGCAGAUGCCCUGGGCUCCGGUGGGGGGGGGUCUGGGGUCUGGUCCGGGUUCCCCCUCUCUCAAUUUCCCCCUCCCUCUCCGCGGUGCGGAUAAAAAUUGGAUCUAAUAAAACACUUGGUGCCCGGA